AUGCCAGGCAGAGUCGCCGCCCGUUCGACAUCUGCGACGACACGCAGGUCGUCGGCACAGCCUUCUACGUCUGGGCGCGCUGCCUCCGUCACUCCAGCAUUUGCGAUCCCCGAAGAAGCCGCAGAGCCAAUUUCAUCCCCCACCUUGCGUCGCGACGUGUGCCUGAUUUUUGCGGACGCCCAGCGCUCAACCACUGGCCACCGAAAGCUAGUGGUGCGAUUGCGCAAACUCCAGGAAAUAUGCUGUGGCAUCUUCCAGAAGAAAGGCGACAAGAAGUCAAAGGACCAGGAGGCCGAGGAGGCACUGGUCCCUGGCGAAGAGACAGAGGCCGAGAAGGAGUUCAAUGUUGAGAUUGGUCGCUGCAUGCUGCGAAUCCUGCCAAUUAAGAAGAGUGAACCUGUUGGAGAUCGAAUCUUGCGCUUCCUGGGCACUUUCUUAAGCCAUGCCGCUGAAAAGGACACUGAAAUAUUCGCUUCCGGCGAAGACGACGAGCACAAUCCCGAAACCCCGACCUCUCGCCUCACUGCCAGUCUGGUUGCUCUCAUGGUUCCCGUCAUGAGCGCAAAGGACAAGAUGGUACGAUUCCGCGCAACGCAAAUUACCGCUCAUAUUGUGAACUCGCUCGAAUCGAUCGACGAUGAGCUCUACCACACGAUAAGACAAGGUCUUCUGAGACGUCUUCGAGACAAGGAGGCAUCCGUUCGGGUGCAGGCUGUUAUGGGACUAGGACGUCUGGCGGGCGAUGAUGGCGAUGACGACGGAAACGACGACAAUUCCGCCGCACUUAUCGAAAAGCUUCUGGAGAUCAUGCAGAAUGACACAAGUGCCGAUGUUCGCAAAACUCUCCUUACGAAUCUACCUUUGGCCCCAAAGACACUCCCUUAUCUUUUGGAGCGCGCUCGUGAUCUGGAUGCUCCUACCCGUCGUGCGUUGUAUUCCCGCCUUCUUCCUACAUUGGGCGAUUUCCGCCAUUUGUCGCUAUCAAUGAGAGAACGACUACUUCGAUGGGGCCUGCGUGAUCGAGACGAGAGUGUACGCAAGGCAACGGGCAAGUUGUUCUUCGACCGUUGGGUCGAAGAUUGCGCCGGUACUAACAAUGACUCUAACGAGGGCCCGACUGGCCAGCGCUCCCCACCAGAUAUCAAUGCUCUCCUGGAACUUCUCGAAAGAAUUGAUGUGGUGAACUCUGGAAUGGAGAGUGGAAUCGCACACGAGGCCAUGCGGAGCUUCUGGGAAGGUCGUGCAGACUACCGUGAAGCUGUCGUGUUUGACGAGCCCUACUGGGAGGGUCUUACUGGCGAGUCAGCCUUUGUGCUGCGUUCUUUCAAUGACUUCUGUCGUGUGGAGAACGAAGGGAAAUACGACACACUUGCCGACGACAAGAUGCCCGAGGUGACAGCCUUUGCCUAUUUCCUCGGCAAGUACAUCACCAAGCUUUUGGAGAGAAAGAAGAUCUCUAAAGAGAGUGGAGAUGCGAACGAUGACGACGCCGUCGAGCACGAAUUCGUGGUGGAGCAAUUGCUUCACAUCGCCCCCACACUGGAUUACAGUGAUGAGGUUGGGCGACGGAAGAUGUUCUCGCUGCUGAGAGAGACUCUAGCUGUGCCUGAACUUCCGGAAGAGAGCACCAAGCUGGUGAUUGAGACUCUCCGAUGUGUCUGUGGGCCUGAUGCCGCCGCCGAGGCUGAGUUCUGCAGUGUCGUCCUAGAGGCCAUUGCAGAAGUCCACGACACGAUUACCACAGAAGAUAGCUUUGUUUCAGCCAGGUCUGAGAUCAGCGACGACGCCAGCCGGCGAUCUGAGACCCCUGGAGAAGAAGAACAAGCUCCUUUCAACAAGGAAGAGGCGAAGGCAAAGAUCGUCCGCGAGAUUGUCGUGAACAUGAAGUGCCUGUACAUUGCCCAAUGUAUGCUUCAGAACGUCCAAGGUCAUCUGCAGUCGAACAUGAAUCUUGUGACUAUGCUUAACAACCUGGUGGUGCCCGCCGUUCGCAGCCAUGAAGCUCCCAUUCGUGAACGUGGUCUCCUUUGCCUGGGUCUUUGCUGUCUGCUCGACAAAAAUCUGGCCGAAGAGAACAUGACCCUCUUCAUUCACUGUUAUAGCAAAGGUCACGAGGCAUUGCAAGUCACAGCGCUUCAAAUCCUCUGCGACAUGAUCACAACACAUCCCUCCCUUCUCGCGCCCGUUACUCAGUCCGAUGGCGAGACUAUCACACCUCCUCCCAUGCAGAAACCACUGCUCAAGGUGUUUGCUCGCGCUCUGCGUGCCAACUCACCUAACACUGUGCAGUCCGGAGCCGCAGCUGCUUUGUCCAAAUUACUUCUGACCAACGCCUUCACUCCUUCCGGCCCUCAUGUGCCACCUGCUAUCCAAGAAAUCAACCAGAACGCCGUUGGGACAUUGCUGCAAUCGCUCGUGGUGGCCUUCUAUCACCCGCGAACCCGUGAGAACCCAGCGCUCCGCCAGUCUCUGGCAUACUUCUUCCCUGUUUACUGUCACUCCCGAGUUGAGCACACACAAAACAUGCGAAGAGUGGCAGUCCCUGUCGUUCGGGCUGUGAUGAAUGCCGCCGAAGAGCACUACUCCCUUGAAGCUGAGGAAGACAGUGAUGGAGAGGUUGAUGCAAGCAUCGGCGAGCGUGAAGUCAAGGCGCUCAUGACAGGUGUGAUUGGCAUGCUUGCUGAAUGGACCGAUGAACGCCGGGUCGUUGGCCUCGGCGGCGAGAAGGUCCUCGCAGGUGGUGCCGCAAGCUCCAAUGUUUGUGGCUGGGUCCAUCUUGCUCUGGUCAAAGAUAUCCUCGAACGUGUGCUGGGGGUCAGUGCGGGGACCAGCCGUUGUUCUCGAGAAGAGCGCAAGCUUCUGUUCUCCCUGCUUAGCAAGCUGUAUUUCGCUGCCCCCACGUUGCCCUCACGGGAGCGGGCUGGCUCCCGCGCCCCAGAAAGCGAGGAUCCAUUCCGCACCAGUGUUCGCAGUGCUACCGGCAUCGAGAUCUCUCCCGAGAACAACGAGCUUGCCUCUGAGGUCAAGGAGCUAUUAGACCAGACCAUUGAAGAUGGACUCGCUGGCGAAGCCUCCAGUCGCAAUGCCCUUACCAAGGCCAAGAAUGCUAUCCUGAAGAUUCUCGCCGUUGCACAGGACUCUCGUGCUGCUAGUGCCCGUCCCCGCGAGGGCACUGAAGACAUUGAAGAUGGUGCCAGCGUCCGCUCAGCCAGCGUCCGCCGCUCCGUGGAGCCUUCCGGUCAUGCCAACCGUCGUUAUGUGUCGGUUGAACCUAGUAUUAUGGAAGAAGAUGAAGGCGAGGGGGAUAGUCGCAUGACAUCCGCCACUGCCAACCGCCCCAUUGUCUCCAUUGAGCCCAGUAUCAUGGAAGUUGACGAGGAAGAGGAUCAUGAUACUAGCCGAGGGACGGUGAUUAAAGAGGAGACUGGUGAUGAGUGA